AUGAAGUGGUGCUAUACUCUAAGUCGGAGGAGUUUCAUUUUUACCAGUUUCUAUGUAAAAUUAUAUUAAAAUUGAUUUCGCCAUAAUUUUACCAUCCCAUUUUUGCCAUUGCGCCAAUUUAAACAAUUGCAAUUUAAAGUUAUUUCUUAUUUUAGAUAUAUUAUAAAACAGAAGCAGAAGCCUACAGCGCGGCCAAGCGCACAGAUGUCUUGGGUUAUAUAAUGUUUCCAAGUAAUUUCUCAGAAUCAAUAAGAGCCCGACUGGAAGAUGGUCGGUAUGCGGAUGAAGGCACAGUGGAAAAUGGGGAACUAACUGUCCAUAUUGAUAUGACGGAUCAACAGAUCGGCUACUUUAUUGAGCGCAAGCUACGUGAUAGUUUCGGUUCGUUUAUGAAGGGCGUGUUAAUCGAUUGCAAUCUACCAGCUAGUUUGGGAAACAUUCCUAUACAAUUUCAGGAACCUGUUUACGGUUCGUUAGAUAUUGAAUUUCAGCAAUAUGUGGCGCCUGGUGUCGUUAUGACCAUGGUGUUCUUCUUGGCCACUCUAAUGACAGCAGCAGUAUUCAUUUCGGAACGUAUGGAUGGUGUUUGGGAUCGCACUUUAGUAGCUGGGGUUUCCGCAAUGGAAAUGCUGUGGGCACAUCUACUGACCCAACUCAUUAUAAUGGCAUUCCAAUCAUUCGAAGUAAUAAUGUAUAUUGGGCUGGUGUUCGACACCUACAACAAAGGUGAUACGGCGACGCUCAUUGGUUUGCUAACAUUGACAGCAUUCUGCGGCAUGCUUUUUGGCUUACUCAUUUCCGUUUAUUGCAAGUCGCACACAGAAGCAAAUUUUGUCGCCACCGGCGCAUUUUAUCCAAUGAUAAUUCUUUGUGGAUUGCUAUGGCCACUAGAAGGUAUGCCGAAGUCUUUACAAGAGAUUGUCUUAUUUUUCCCAUUUACAAUACCAUCUAUAUCAGCGCGAAAUAUUAUUGAGAAAGGUUGGUCCAUUACAAACGGGCAAGUUUACAAUGGAUUCAUAGUAAUGUCCGCAUGGAUUGUUAUAUUCUUUACGCUCUGCAUGGUGGGGCUCAAGCGAAAGGCUUAAGCUGAUAACGGGAUUUUGCGCCAAAGAAGAAUGUUGUAGUAUUACAUUAUUGUUUUUAUUUUUUACAUAAUCAUAAGUUUCGUUUUCGGUUAUGUAAAUAAUAUUUAGCAUACGGUACAAAUUCAUACGUACGUACUUAGAAAUAGGAAAAUUUAAAUGCAGGCAUUACAUACAUACCUACAUACAUAUGUAUGUGUAUAUUAGGGUGGUCCAAAAAUACGUGAGAAAAAAUAUAGUCGGAAUUUGUAUGCUCUCACCCCCUAGGAUUGUUCUAUACCGAAAAAAUAUACCCACAUUUUUUUAUUUUGAAAUCAAAAAAUUUUUUUGAGGUCGCUCAAAGUUUUCCAUGUAUUUUAUAUGGGGAAAAAACCACUUUUCGUAGAAAUGGUACGGAAUUCUUCAACAUCAAUAUUUUUCGAUCGGAAACCUCUGCUUCUCUUCAGGAAAUUGCCAAUAAUAAUACCCAAUCAUUUAUUUACCCAUUUUAUCAUAGUAACUAUAUUUUAUAGGUCCACCAAAGCCCCCAGAAAUGUCAGAAAAUGCUAUGGGGGGAUAAAUAAAAAAUCUUUAGUACUAAAAAAUGGUUAAACAAAUAAUUGGGUAUUGUUAUUGGAAGUCUCCUGACGAGAACCAGAGGUUUGCGAUCGAAAAAUAUUAACUUUUAGGAAUUCCAUACCAUUUCUACGACAAGUGGUUUUUUCCAUAUAAACUGCAUGGAAAACUUUGAGCGACCUCUAAAUAUUUUUUGAUUUCAACUAAAAAUAGGGGUGCAUUUUUUCGAUGUAGAACAGUACUAGGGGUGAGAGGAAUAAAGUUCCAACUUUACUUAUUUUGGACCACCCUAGUGAACAUACUACAUACAUACAAAUAAAAAAUGUUAAUAAAUUAGGCCAGAAACUGCUGAAAAUAUCCAAUUUACAUACAUACACAUAUGCAUAUAUAAUUGGGGAACGCACAAGGUGUCAUAACGAGCGUAUUGUCAUAUUUCAUGUAUUCACAACGGCUUCAUAUUGCCGUAUGUAGGAAACUUUAAACGGUUAAAUAAAUCUUUGGACGACUUGAAAUCAGAACUAACUAGCUUUUAACAGUAUGAAAACUUAUUAUAUGACUUUUAUGGUACCUUAAGACCCCCUAAGUAUAUCUUUAAGCAUUUAAAAUUAACGACAAAAAAACAAUACGAGACUUGCGACACCGUUGUGAAUAUCCCGAUAAUAAUACAUUAUUGUUGUUAAGAUAAAUAAGUAUCAAUAUAAAUUCAAAACAACAACAAACAAAAAGAUAAAUUUGUCACUAAAAGACUUAUCAUGACACCUUUUGAAUCCCGAAAAAGUUUAUACAAAUUUUAAUUGUGAUCUGCGUACAAUAAUUUUUUACUCUUUUAAUUAUAAAGUGGUAGGGAAAUAUGAAAAACAUUUUAUAUGUACAUAUAUUUAUAUAAUUAGGAAGGCACACAAAUGUUUGUAUCUAAUGGGAGUAAGUGAUUAAAUAUAAAAAAUGUAAAUAUCAGUUUAAAAAUAAAUUUAAUUUUAAGCAACUACAAAUA